AUAGUAGUAGUAGUAGUGGUAGUACUAGUAGUCAACAACAAUUGGUGACCACCGAUGAUGAUCCAGCACUCAUUGACAACAAUGACAACAUCAACAACAACAGUGGUGUUGUAAUAACCACUACCACAUCAUCAUCAUCUACUGGUGCCAUAAGUGAUGUUUUACCACAUUGUAGUCGCAAGACGUUGAAUGUYAACCAUAAUAAYAAAAACAAUAACAAUAAGACUAUCUUAAAUCCRGUUCCUGAUAGUCAGUAUCCGCAGCCAAGAGUAUCGAUUGGCAAAUGGAUGUACGAAUCAGAUGACUAUUUAACCAUAACUAACAAUAUGGCCAUUGAUUUGAGCCGAAACUCAUUGUUCAACAAUAUGGACACAAAUAUCGGUCACAAAUGUUUCGGUAAUGACAACGAUAAUCAUCAACAAAGUGUGGACUCAGAUAUCAUUUACAUUGAAAGCGUGAACAGUGGUGCCAGUGGUCUGAGUAGUGUCGUUGAUGGCAUUAAUCCAAAUGAUAACGACAAUAGAGAUAAUUUACUCAAACAAACAGUGGUCACAAACUACUCUAAAACUAUCACUUUGUAUGACUUGUCCAGCGAUGACGAUAACGACGAAGUGAUUACCUGUGAUAAUGAGACUACUGUUGAUAACAAUGACGUCGAGAUAAUUAAAGUGAAAAUUUUCGAUAACGAUGUCGAUGUGGACACAGAUAUUGAAGUGUUAUCCGAGAUAUUGACACCAACUGAGGUGAUAGACUUAAUGAGAUAUAGACUGAGACCAACACAUUUGACGACCGGAUUAUCAUUUACUGCAAUUCGUGUUCUGUUGAAUCACUAUAACUGGAAUCCAAACCAAUUGGUUUCGGAUUACUUCGAUCAUAAGCGUGACAUUAAACUGAUUCUCGACCACUUUAAGAUAGUCAUCAACUAUGAGCUUAGAUUUAAUACUGCCAAACGACUUAAGACGUUUCACCAAACAAUUAGCCAAAGAGACGACAGUGAGAAUAGUCAAACAUUAACUGAAGCCCAAAGUGUGGUAUCUAUCGAUAGUAGUAAUAAUAAUAAUAAUAAUAAUUUUGAAACUGAUGAGCUUAAGACAUGUCUAGUUUGUUACGAUGAGCUCAAUAAAUUGGAAAUGUUUGGCGCCAAUUGUGAUCACUUUCUAUGCAUCGACUGUUGGAACCAAUAUAUUGUAACACAUGUUAACGACAGUUCCAAUGCCGAUCAAAUCACCUGUCCUGGAGAUAACUGUAAUAAUAUUAUGGACGACGACCAUAUUCUUAGUAUUAUUCAGGACACUGCUAUUGCCGAUAAAUAUCGGCGACUCAUAUCCAACAAGUUUAUAGCUUCGGAAGGCAAAGGAUUGCGUUGGUGUCCCAAUGGAUCGUGUCUUCAUGCGGUUAAAGUCAAGUACGCCGGUCCUCAAGACAUUGAAUGUGUUUGCAAAACUGUAUUCUGUUUUUCGUGUGGCGAUCAAUGGCACGAACCACUUACGUGCGAUCUCUUCAAAAAUUGGGUUCAAAAGUAUGCGAGUCAGGCAAUUGAUCCCAAGUCAGCUAAAUGGCUGACCAAACACACGAAAUGUUGUCCAAAGUGUAAGUUUCCAAUAGAAAAGAAUGGCGGAUGUAAUUACGUAAUGUGCAGCAAAUGUCGGCAUCAGUUUUGUUACAAUUGUUUGGGCAAAUGUUCGCACGGAAGAUGUCUCGGACGGAAUGAAAACGACGCCAUUGAAGCCCAAAAUGCCGAUCAUCUGUACAAAGAUAAUAUGAAUUCGUUUCCCUUAUUCAAGGAGGCCUACCAGCGACAGACCAAACAGUUAUCGAUUGAACGACAAUUGCAAGAAUCAGUUGCCCUAAAAAUGGAGCGGACAGUCAAAGACAAGGAGUUCCGUACGAGUCUCAAGUUUCUGAAGUCGGCGUUUACUGUGUUGUGUCACUGCCGGCAAACCCUAAUGUAUUGCUAUGUCUUUCAAUACUAUGCCAGAGGCGAUUUGAUUGAGUACUCCAAGCGUUUAAAAGAUUUAGAUGUUAUGACUACCAGUCUGUCCAAUGUACUACUUAAGGAGGCGCCCUAUGGUAUCAAAAAGGAUGUCUGUAUGCAAGUGAAGCGCAAAGUUCAGUCUAAAUACAAGGAAUGUGAGGCCAAAAGGGUAGCUCUCGUACAGCACAUCAAACAAGGAAUGUCUAUUAACUACUGGCGUAUUAUCAUAUGAUAUAUAAUACUGUAUUACUCUUAAUUUAUCGUAAUAUAAAUUAUUUAUAUAUAUAUUUUCGAUA